AUGACCCCGCGAGAAGACUCCGCCAUCGCCGACGACGACGUCCCCACCGGCAAGGCGCCCGCCAAACUCACCGUCAUCGGCCACCCAGGCACCGUCCGCAUCAACGUCCAAGGCGCCUUCAUCGUCGACGAUGAACCCACCACCCCGAACGGGACCGUCCUGAACGACCUCGACCGCGACCACCUCGACCGCGACCACCUCGACUCCUCCCACCAUACCAAAGACAUCCGCCUGCCGAACCACCGCGCCGUCGUCUCGCACAUGGCCAUCGACAUCGGCGGCUCGCUGGCGAAGCUGGUCUACUUCGUUCCGGAAUCCUCCUCCUCGCCGGAGCUGGGCGGCCGCCUGAGCUUCAUGAAGGUCGAGACCGAGCGGAUCGACUCGUGCAUCGAGUUCAUGCGGCGGCUGCGCCGCGCGCACGAGGCGAGUAACGGGGGCACGCCGGGGGAUCUGUGCGUCAUGGCGACAGGGGGCGGCGCGUUCAAAUACUACGAGGAGAUCAAGGAGGCGUUGGGGAUCGAGGUGCUGCGGGAGGAGGAGAUGGAGUGCUUGAUCAUCGGGCUGGAUUUCUUCAUCAACGAGAUCCCGAACGAGGUCUUUACGUAUAGCGAGGACGACCCCAUGCACUUCGUGGAGUCCCGCGAGCCUAUCUACCCCUACCUGCUCGUGAACAUCGGCUCGGGCGUCUCGAUGGUGAAGGUGUCAGGGCCGCGGCAGUUUCAGCGCGUGGGCGGGACCGCCAUGGGCGGCGGGACGCUGUGGGGGUUGCUCUCUCUGCUGACCGGCGCGCGAAACUUCGACGAGAUGUUGCGGAUGUCCGACCACGGCGAUAACACAGCGGUGGAUAUGCUCGUGGGCGACAUCUACGGGACCGACUACCUCAAGAUAGGAUUGAAGAGCACCACCAUCGCGAGCAGUUUUGGGAAGGUCUACAAGAUGAAGCGGCAGGCGGAACGGGAGGCGGAGGAUCAUGGUGGGCUAUCGAAUGGAGACCGGUUCCGGGAAAGGGACGAUGGAGACGGUCCGGUGAUGUUCCGACCGGAGGAUAUCAGCCGGAGUUUGCUUUAUGCCAUCAGCAACAACAUCGGCCAAAUCGCCUACCUCCACGCGGAAAAGCACGGCCUCGAACACAUCUAUUUCGGCGGCUCCUUCAUCGGUGGCCACCGGCAAACCAUGCACACGCUCUCCUACGCCGUGAACUUCUGGUCCAAGGGCGAGAAGCAGGCGUACUUUCUCCGACACGAAGGGUAUCUCGGGGCGGUCGGCGCCUUCUUGAAACGCCAGCCGCUGAACUGGGGGCGGAGGAAUAGCACGGACGCGCUCCAUCCGCUGUCGAGGGCGACAUCAAAAGGGCAGUGA